AUGAGUUUAAACUUCACACCUAGUCCAUUCGAUAUUCCAACGCCAGCAGAAUGCAUCGCGCACUUGAAACUGCUGCAUGCGUUCGCGAAGCUAAGACAUGAGGUUGGGAAUCAAGAUGGCUUAUUCGGCAUUGAAUUCAGGAAGGUGAGCGGAGUACUGGAGGGUAUGCAUGAGGCAAACCCUUCCAAGGCGGCAGCAAGGGGGCACACCCUGAGUGAGAAAGAGAUAGCAGAAGUAGAUCUCGCAGAAAGGAUUCGAGAGAAGAGAUGGACGGUCUUUGUCACUGCAGCAGUGGAUCGAUUUGAAAAGUGGUGGGACACCCUGCCUUCACAUUCUGAUUUGUACAGCUCUCCUCUCAACAUGUCAAUGUUCAUUAUGUUCGGAGCUUCCCGGCCAGAUUUGUUCCCCACCCAUGGGGCCGGAAUGGGGCAAGAUAUUAAUGAGAGACUUCCGCCGCUAGAUGUUCUGAUGGUAUGGCACGCCUACAUGCUGAACCCUCAGGCUUAUCUUGAGGAUUGUAUGAGACUAUCUCGGCACCAAAUCUGGUCAACCCCCUUCCCCUGGGAGUUGAUCAACUCCUCUAUUGACUCGGAAACAUUCGAAUACAACCCACCGGAAGCAGCGAAACACAAUUGGGAGUCGACUACUGACCUGCCUUGGGGAAGUAUUCACGAUGCACCGUUUGGGAACAAAUACAGCACUGUCCUUCGCUGUCCGAAAUGCCUCCAAAAUCUCGACGUUCCGUGGACUCGUCCUCCAAUGACUUCUGGGCCUGAAACCCUUGAGGCGUAUCUGGAGUACGACACUGGGUUCGCUGGCCAACAGUUUCAAGAAUCGUGUCCAAGUUGUGACUUAGUCAUUAAACACGAGACAUUACGAGUUGGGAAGUUUAUUUCAGACGCAGAGGCAGUACUGAGGCAGUCUCUCCCUCUGCCAGGCACUAUCCUUAACCCCCAGGGCAUACCGCAGAUGGUAGACCCUGGUAAGGGAAUCAACACACACGACCCCUUCUUUCCUAACCGCCUGAUCCAAAAUGCACCACGGUGGCAGCCCGACUAUCUACGCAUGGAAAUCGCCACCCUUUCCAUUGAGUGCCUCAGGUCGCGCCUAGAAAAUGUCGUCUCAUCGUUUCCAUCAAUGGAACUCAUUCAUGCAAACAUUGAACAACUUCAUCCUCAAUCCCUCGGCAAGGCAUCUAGGAUCGCAAUAAGGAAGUGGUUGAGUCAUUACUGGGACAAUUCGAGUCCGUUUGGCUUAGAUCUUGUGGGGGCGGUGAUUAGACAGAGCAGCUUUGUGCUUAAGAUGCGGAAUAUUGAUUGGCUGCAUAGCCCUGCAGUUCUAACGACGGCCCAGAGGCUAAUAGUGAAGUAUCAUCGGUUUGUACAAAUUGUGGCGGAGAAUCCGAACAAAGUUGCUGUGCCGACGCUGGAUGUAGAUUUAGCAUGGCACACCCACCAACUCUCUCCCAAAAUCUACUCCAGCUACACCUUAGCCGAAACCAAGAAAUUCCUCAAUCACGACGACAAAAUCAUUGAAGGUACUCUACACACCCAAUUCCAAUGGACCUCAGCCCAAUACGAGAAGAAAUACGGCCAGCCAUAUGCCGAAUGCGCCUGCUGGUACUGCGAAUGCACUCGUGAACCCCUCCGAAGUAGUUUUACUAGUAAGAUUAAUCCAUUUAGGGGCCGUAAGAUUGCCGAUGUGGAGAAGAGAAUCGAGAAUGGGGAGUUGGGCAAAGACCCUGUGAUAGGAGUGCACAUUAGUGCACAUAAUGCCAUCCGCGAAAAUACAAAAAACCCUUCCGCUGGAUACGAUACCUCUGCCUACCAACACAGCCGUGAGCUCGAAGGUCUCAAUCGUACAUAUGGUCGUGUCCUGCAUCGCUACAAUAAAAAGAAAGCAUCCUCCUCGGCUCCAAGAAAAAAAAACAACUCCUACGUUCAUGGUGCUUAUGGUUAUCCCUUAUACUACCCCGUCUAUGUUCCCUACCUUGCCGAACCAACAUGUGAGCACGACCGGUAUACGAUGGCGACUGGGGGUGGAAGGGAAGGAGCAGGGUGUGUCUAUGAGACUUGCUCAACUGCAGCGAGUCUAGGGAGUUGUGCUAUAGGGGGCAGAGGACCGGCGUGUAAUGUCGGUUGUGGGGAACGGGGGUUAGCGACUGGAGGGGGACGGUGUGGUGUGAACUGUGGUGGUGGUGGUGGUGGUGGUGGUGGAAAUGGGGGUGGUGAUGGGGAUGGCGGGGAUGGCGGCGGGAAUGGUGGUGGCGGAGGAUGUGGAGGGUGUGGAGGGUAG